UUGUGGAGUGGUUGAAAAACGAGUUUUAAUGACUCCAACCUAAGUGUAUGUAAACUUCCGACUUCAACUGUACAUAGAACUAGGAAAAAAUGCCUUGAGUGUUGGGUUUAGUAAGUGCUUUUACCUUGGCUAGUGGCAAUGUGGUCUAAUGUUAAGGCAGUACUACAGUAUAUUAUCAACAUUGUCUUAUCGUAUAUCUCAUUCGAAAUGAUUGUAUUCUAAAGGUGGAUGUAAAAUCAGUGUCUUGGGUGCUAUUUUGCGGUGGGCCUGUGAGGGUCAAGUGUUAGUACACCGCCCUAAUCCACCUUGAGUUAGAUUCCUGGGCUGCCAUUGGAUUAUUCCUGAGAACACAACAAUGGAUUUUUUGAAUUCAACAUAAUCCCAGUGAAUAUUGCAAGCACUUUCAUAUGACUCUGUGUAGAGGAAGCGAAUGCCUAAAGAAGGACCUCUCAGGAACUUAAUAACAUAGUAGAUUAAAGAUCUACAAAUGUCUUCUGUGAGUAUCCAUUUAUUCUCUUUAUCCUACGACAUCUGGAUUGAAGUUAAGAUGUGGCUGUCUGUGUAAGAUUAGUGUGAGAUUGUGUACAUUUAGCAUUUGACAGUAAGACAAGGCUAACUUUUUCCCAUAGUGACACAGAAUAAUGGGCUAGAAAAGUUUAUUCUAGGAUCUGUUCUGGACACAGUGCUUAGUUUCUUGGCUGUUUUUGUUUUUUGAUGGAUUUGUGAUUUUGUGAGUUGUGAUUUUCAGCCAUUUUAAAGGCUUACCAUGUUACCAUCCUGAGUUAUACCGUGUUUGUUAAAAGUGAAGUGUUUGUUUGUUAACCACUCAAAUCAGACACAAAUGUUUUUUAGAAGUUUGAGCUUCAACACAACAUUGUUCUGUGUGAUACUUGUAGUACAGUGAUUUCACUCAAUUUUGAAACUCAAUCUUUUAUAUCUUAGCUCUUUUGAGUAAUAUAAACAUUUUACUUGUAGAAACAUUCCAUAUUUUUUGUGGUUGAAGUAUUCUGGCCAGAGUAGACCGAUAUGAUCAACAUUAAACAUAUGAGAAUUGGACUACUUAUGGGCCUCCCUAGUUGGCCUGGCCCGCUCUGUUCUCUGCUGUUUUGUAACUUUAUUCCAGUUCGCUCCAUAAUCAGUGUUAAAAACCACUUCAGAAACCCUAGCGGUGGUUACCUGGGGUAGAUUAGAAUUUAUUAGAAAAACGUUAUUGUCCACACAAUGUGGGAACUUUCACUAACAUGAUUGACAUUAAAACAAUGACCGCAACAACAGAAACCUACACUACAGUUCUGUGUGGAUCAUGGGGUCCUAGAAUUAACCUUCCCCUGUUCUGAGAAUACUCUCAACUCUAUUUUGUUCUGAGAAUUCUCCCUAAACAAUAUUUCACGUUUAAAAAUACCUUGUGGGCUUCAUGUUUUGACUGUAGUCCCCUACGACCUCUUGCGAUUGGAUGAUCCUGCAGGUUGAACAGAAAAAUAUCAAUGUUCGCGUCACCACCAUGGACGCUGAGCUGGAGUUCGCCAUCCUGCCCAGCACCACUGGCAAACAACUCUUCAACCAGAUAGUGAAAACCAUCGGGCUGAGAGAGACCUGGUUCUUUGGCCUACAGUACCAGGACAGCAAAGGCUUCUCUACCUGGCUCAAACUCAACAAGAGGGUGACAGCUCAGGAUGUACGCAGGGAGAACCCUCUGUUGAUAAAGUUCAGGGCCAAGUUCUACCCUGAAGACGUAGCUGAGGAACUGAUCCAAGAGGCCACGCAACGACUUUUCUUCCUGCAGGUGAAGGAAGGCAUCCUGAAUGAUGAUAUCUACUGUCCUCCGGAGACGGCUGUGCUGUUGGCCUCCUACUCUGUUCAGACCAAACAUGGAGACUACAAGAAGGACUACCACUUCCCUGGUUACCUCAGCAGGGACAAGCUGCUUCCCCAGAGAGUUCUGGAGCAGCACAAGCUGAACAAGGAGCAGUGGGAGAAUAGAAUAAAGGUGUGGCAUGAGGAGCACAAGGGAGUGCUGAGGGAGGAUGCCAUGGUGGAGUAUCUGAAGAUAGCUCAGGAUCUAGAGAUGUAUGGAGUCAACUACUUCAGCAUCAAGAACAAGAAGGGUUCAGAGCUGUGGCUGGGGGUAGACGCUCUGGGCCUCAAUAUAUACCAGAACACUGACAGGAUGACCCCUAAGAUCGGCUUCCCAUGGAGUGAGAUCAGAAACAUUUCCUUCAACGACAAGAAGUUUGUUAUAAAGCCCAUGGACAAGAAAGCCCCGGAUUUUGUGUUCUACGCCUCUCGUCUGCGUAUCAACAAACGUAUCCUGGCGUUGUGCAUGGGGAACCAUGACCUGUACAUGAGGAGGAGGAAGCCAGACACCAUCGAGGUCCAGCAGAUGAAGGCCCAGGCCAGAGAGGAGAAGACUAAGAGACAGAUGGAUAAAGCUCUGCUUGAGAGCGAGAAGAAGAAGAGAGAGAAUGCGGAGAAGGAGACAGAGAAGAUCGCCAGAGAAACCAUGGAGCUGAUGGGCAGACUGAAACAGAUUGAGGAAGAGACCAAGAAAGCUCAGGAAGAGCUGGAGGAGCAGACUCGCAGGGCCCUGGAGCUGGAGAAGGAGAGGACAUUUGCCCAGGAGGAGGCAGAGCGUCUGGAGAAAGAGGCCAAGGCAUCCCUCCUACAGCAGACAGAGAGCCAGAUGAAGAACCAGGAGAACCUGGCCACUGAGCUGACCUCUAAGAUCUCCCUUCAGGAGGACGUAAAGAAGGAGAAGGACAACAAUACAAAGAGAUGGCAGAAAAGGACGGUCAUGGUGGAGGUUGAUUUGGAGCGGGCCAAAGAAGUUCUGAAGACUAAAGACAUCCAGGACUGUGUGCAGGGGGACCACGACGAGACCGACGAGACCAGCGCUGAGGCCAGCGCCGAGCUGACGUCACCAGGCAUGGUCAGAGACCGCAGCGAGGAGGAACGCAUGACGGAGGCUCAGAAGAACAAACGGCUACAGAAACACCUCAAGGUCCUGAGUACUGAGUUGGCCAGCGCUCGAGACGACAGUAAGAAUACUCCCAACGACCUGAUCCACGCGGAGAACGUUAAGGCCGGCCGGGACAAGUACAGGACCCUCCGUCAGAUACGACAGGGCAACACCAAGCAACGCAUCGACGAGUUUGAGUCCAUGUGAGAGAGAGAGAGAACAAGAGUCUGUACUGAAUCUAUGUAUUUGAAUGGAAGUCAUAUAGGCAGGUACCGUGUAAUUAUAACGUCAACAGGUACAGUGUAAUUAUAUCGUUAACAGGUACAGUGUAAUUAUAACGUCAACAGGUACCGUGUAAUUAGAACGUCAACAGGUACAGUGUAAUUAUAUCGUUAACAGGUACAGUGUAAUUAUAACGUCAACAGGUACAGUGUAAUUAUAACGUCAACAGGUACAGUGUAAUUAUAUCGUUAACAGGUACAGUGUAAUUAUAACGUCAACAGGUACAGUGUAAUUAUAACGUCAACAGGUACAGUGUAAUUAUAACGUCAACAGGUACAGUGUAAUUAUAACGUCAACAGGUACAGUGUAAUUAUAACGUCAACAGGUACAGUGUAAUUAUAACGUCAACAGGUACAGUGUAAUUAUAACGUCAACAGGUACAGUGUAAUUAUAUCGUUAACAGGUACAGUGUAAUUAUAACGUCAACAGGUACAGUGUAAUUAUAACGUCAACAGGUACUGUGUAAUUAUAACGUCAACAGGUACAGUGUAAUUAUAACGUCAACAGGUACAGUGUAAUUAUAACGUCAACAGGUACAGUGUAAUUAUAACGUCAACAGGUACUGUGUAAUUAUAACGUCAACAGGUACAGUGUAAUUAUAACGUCAACAGGUACAGUGUAAUUAUAACGUCAACAGGUACAGUGUAAUUAUAACGUCAACAGGUACAGUGUAAUUAUAACGUCAACAGGUACAGUGUAAUUAUUGCUUUAUUGACUUUGUAAGCACCCACUUUCUCUCCCCAGUAGUGUUUUGUCUACUGUGACUAGAGAUUGCCAUCUACUGGCUGUAACAUACAUUCAUGUUUGCUAAAGUCACAUUCUGUGGACUACAGACUGUAGGCUACUAGUACAACAAUCAAAGUGAGUGAUGACAUUAUUACUACAUCAUUCCUGUUGCUUUUGGUUUUUACAAUCUUGAAAUGCAUCUAUGCAAAAUAAUCCUUAGCUGAUACACUAUAAAAGCCAUAUUUUUCUGUAUGCAUAGUUUAGUGAGAGGAACGCUUAGAGGUUAUUUACAAUAUUUACAAUGGAUGUCAUUUCACAGAUAUAAAUGAGCACCAAAUUUGUUAAGUGUUUUGCUAUGAGUCAAAUAAAUACCAUUAACCAACAUUGAAUAUGUGUUGAGUGCUGUG